CCUAGGGAUUCAUCAACAUAAAAAUGAGUUCUUGCUUCACUAUCUCCCUCUCUCUUCUCUUCUUCUUCAUCAAUUUUGUAGGUACUGAAUCAGCACCCACGUUUCUACGGCAUUACUGCCCAAACACCACCCUCUUCACUCCCAACUCCGCCUACCAGUCCAACCUGAACACCCUCCUCUCUUCCCUCGCCUCUGCUGCCGCCGAUGGCGCUGAUGGCUUCGCCAAUGGUACUGUUGGCCAAAACCAUCCCGACCAGGUCUACGGGCUCUUCCUCUGCCGUGGCGACAUCGACACCUCCACAUGCGGCGACUGCAUGGCCACUGGAAAAAAGGAUAUACUCCAAAGAUGCCCCAACCAGCGAGUCUCCGUGAUCUGGUACGAUGAGUGUAUGUUGAGGUACUCCGAUGGGUCCAUCUACUCGGUCAUGGAACAAGUGCCUUCUUUCAAGACGUACCGCACCAGGAACAUCACCAAUCCAACACAGUUCAUGCUAGUCCUGGGAGAGACCAUGGACGACAUCGCUGCGAGGGCUUCAGUCGGCAAGUCGGGGAAGAAACUUGCUGUUGCGGAGGCAAACUUUACGAGUUUGCAGAAGCUGUACACGCUCGCACAGUGCACACCGGACUUGAUGGUGUCCGAGUGCAACACAUGCCUCCGGGCGGCAAUCGCGGGCCUCCCACAGGGGAAGCAAGGUGGGAGGUUGUUCACUCCGAGCUGCAGCAUGAGGUUCGAGCUGUACCCAUUUUAUAAUGCCUCGGCCAUGGCAGCCCUGGUGCCUCCGCCGUCCUACCUUCAUUCUCCUCCUGCUCCCGUGACCAGACGUAAAGAUCCAAAAUUCCAGUCUAAAGCCCAAGGUAAGAAAGCUAUAGUACCACAAAUUGGAAGGAUUGCCAUUGUGGCAGCCCUUCAGAAUCAGCAGCAGUGCCACCUCUAA